AUGAAACACAGCCUUUGGACGUGCUCGGCCGCCGCGGCCCUUGUGGUUGUCGCUGGCCAGCUCCUUGGCAUCUCGCCAGAUAUUCUUCUCCAGCUGAAACGGCUCGGCGGACCACAGCUCGGCGACGACAGCGAAUACACGCCGCCGGAGGUCCCCCAGUACAAUGUGUCGAUGCCCCUCGACCACUUCAACGCGAGCGACAGGCGCACUUUCAUCAAUCGGUUCUGGGUCAACGACACGUAUUACAAGCCCGGAGGGCCCGUCAUUCUCGCCGACUUUGGCGAGGGAACCGUCACGGACGAUAUGGUGGCGACCAUUCUGGCCGAAUUGGGCGGCCAUGUAGCCACGGCACCCAUGGAGCUUGCCAGGGAGCUCGGCGGCGUGGCCAUGGUCCUCGAGCACCGCUACUACGGUUACAGCCAGCCGUUUAGACUGACCAGCACUACCAGCUACUCCACUAACGAGCUCCCCCAGGCGCUGGAGGACGUUGUCUACUUUGCCUCCCGUCACGUCAGCCGGGCCGACCUCGGUCUCAACACGGUUCUCGCGGCACCCAACGCGACGUGGCAACUCCAUCCGUCCCGGACACCGUGGAUCUGGGCCAGCGGCAGCUACGGCGGCAGCCGCGGCGUGUGGCUGCGCAUACGGAACCCCGAAGUCAUCUAUGCCGUCUGGGCCUCGUCGGCGCCUGUCGAGUGCCGCCCCGACGGCUCGGCCUACUUCAACAGCAUCUACCGCUCCAUGGCGUCCAACUGCUCCGCCGACGUGCAAGCCGUGGUGCGCCACGUCGAC